AUGGAAGCUGCUGAGCUUGGAGCAUGCGGAGGAGGUGGAUGGACGCUGGUCAUGAAGAUCGAUGGCAAACAGGUAGCAGCAGCGGUGCAACAAUUUUAGUAUUCAUUGAUAAUAUAUUGCCCGCGUUCAUGAUUGGAUCCAAUUCCUCGACUAAUUCUUCAUAACCAACCUCCGCUUAUAUUACCAUAUUCGGAAGAUGUAGGAAAUAUACAUGAUCGAUUGUAUGGUAUAUUUAACAAUUAAUGAAUGAGGCUGAGUAUCUUAUGAAGAAUUAUGGAGAUCGAGGAGGAUGUUAUCCGUCGAGGCCGUAGGCCGAGGCGGAUAACACCCUCCGAGAUCUCCAUAAUUCUUCAUAAGAUACGAAAGCCGAAUUCAAUAAUUGUUUUAUUAUUCAUUCAAAAUAAUUCCUAGUUUAAAAACAAAGCUAAAACAUGCUUACCUCCAUCGUGUUAAGUUCACCUUCUAUAGUGCACGUUUAGGGUUUUCCGGCUCGGCAAAUGUUCUCCAAAUAGCCUCCGAGAUCUCCAUAAUUCUUCAUAUGAUGCGAAAGCCGAAUUCAAUUAUUGUUUUAUUAUUCAUUCAAAAUAAUUCCUAGUUUAAAAACAUGGCUAAAACAUGCUUACCUCCAUCGAUCCAACGAUGUUAAGUUCAUCUUCGAUAGUGUACGUUUAGGUUUGUCCAGCUCCGCAAAUGUUCUCCAAAUAGCAGACGUCGCCCUUCGAGUUGUCUUCUUGCUGUUCUUGCCAUGUUUUUAGCUAUUUUUUCGCCUAGUUCUUACUCUUGAAACGAGUGAAAUGUCCACCAUUUUUCAAGUUCACAACCAAAACAAAUAACCCUCGUCCCCAGGUCUUCUCGGUUAACGGUGCAUUAACCUGCAAGAACGCUGCAUUUUUGCACGUCAUUUCCUCGCUAAACACAAAAUUCUUCCAAAUUUGGUCUUCAGUAACUGGUUAUGAUGAAUUAAAAAUGUGCUUUUAGCCAAUCAGAAUCGGAGAAAUAUUUUGAAUGAAUAAUAAUGCCCAUUAUUAAAAACUGGCUCAUUGGAUAAUGCAAUUCUAGUGCUCUGAUUGGCUUAGCCAUCAUGGUAUAUGAGCCAUUAUACCAUGCUCUCCAAGUAUGGUAACUGUACGCGUCUGCUCAAAAUUAAAAACAAGCUGAAAAUCGGUUGUUUUUACAAAUAAAGUCGGGAGGAAUUCUCGAUACUGUUUUUGGGCGUUUUUGAUAAAACAAUUAUUCUACUCGCCCUUGUUGGAUAUGAGAUGAUUGUAGCCAUCUCGGCGCUACGCGCUUCUUUGGCUAGUCUAUCAUUUCAUAUCCAACGCGCACUCGUGGAAUAAUUGUUAAAUGACUCAUCGAUCAACCUCGAGCAGUUUCCUUUAAACUACUUUUUUGCUAAAAUUGCGACCGAGAAUUGCUAGCAAAUCAGUUUGCGACAGAUUGCAAUCCUGGACAUAAGUGAACAACGGAGCUGGUUUUAGAAAAGUAACUAAACAGCUGUUAAACAAUUAGCUGAAAGGAAGCUAACAUACCGUCAGCUUUUGGCUGGGGGUACAGGUAUUGAAAUAUCAAAUAUGGAAAUUGCCAAUCCAUACUGGACCGCACGGUAUGGGAGUCUGUUGUGUAAACCAUUCCGGCUCAUGUUUCAAAUUAGCUGUUAGGUAAAUUUUAAGCUUUGGUAUGAAUGGGGCGGGAGUGAUAUCAAUCCAGUGCAAUCCUUGGGGCAAGUUUUUUUAAUAGCGCACGAACAAAACGUUUAUUUUCUGAAAGGUUGAUGGUUUAAGAUCAAUUGUUAGUUUUAUAAUGAAGUAGCUGAAUUUUUGUACAAAAAUUGAUUUUAUUUAAUUUCUACCCUUUUUGGCAUAUUUUCUACCAUACUAAUGUUGCGCAAAAGUGGGCGAUCCGAGAUAGCCCAUGAGGACAAUCUUGUGUGCCGCUCGCAGAAAUAUUACCGCGAAGGUUUCUUACAAGAAUAGGGCUUUACUGACAAACCAUGAGUCUAAUAUGGCUCGAUUUUGGCUGAGUUCCUUUUUAUUUGCGUUUUUAUGAAUCGACACCGAGUUGAGGUCCAUAAAAACGCGAAAAAGAACCAGCCCAGUAUCCAGUCAUCUUGACCGAAGAUUUGGUAAAUCAAGGAUUUAUUACAUGGCCAAAAGGAAAUUGUUUUUCGCACAGACCACAGGAUUCGUUUCAUCUUGACGGGUCGUAAAACGGCUAGUCAUAUCAGUGAUGUAGCCUCUUCACACUGGCUCACUAGUACACCGAGAUGGCGGCCAUUGACCAUCAUCUCAGCGAAAUGUUUAGAGGAAUCUCGCCAUGUCACGUCAUUUACCUGGCUGGGGUAUUUAUUACAUUAUUUUAAUUCUUACCAGGCGUUUGAUUGUAUUCGCCUAGAUAUUCUCAAAACUACUUGGGGAAGGUGAGGAGGUUGGAUGUAGUUGACCCCCAGGGCCCAGAAGGCCAAAUUGGAUAGUCUUACAAACUUUUGGAGCAGAAUGUGACUGCUGUGAUGUCAUGUGAAAACAGUUUGUUAAUUGACGAUAUAUCAUUCUUUAUCUGUUUAGAAUACCUUUCAUCACAUUUCAAAAUUGUGGACCAACAGGAAGGACCAUAAUCCCUCUGCGGGAAAGACCGCGCUUGAUCAUCAAGAAACAAAAUUACCCACCUACUGGAGCACACCAUUCACUAAGAUCUGCCUCGCUAUGAAGAUCAGCCAUCAAGUUAAUUCGAUCGUCAUCAACAAACAAGCCAACUCCUUACACUCCCUGAUCGCUGACGGAAACUACCGUUCGACGUCACUGGGUCGUGACACCUGGAAGAAGCUGAUUGGCCAAUAG